UCGUCUAGUGUCACAGUGUAGUGUGAAGUGUGGUUAUAAAUAAGUUGUCAAUAUUUAUUUUUUACGUAAGAAAAGUCACAAAUUUUUAAUAAAUUUAUGAAUGUAAGCAUGUAUCUAAUAAUUUAUUGACAGCAAAUUAAAGUUCUCGAUUGAACAAGCGAAAUACACUAAAGGAUCAUUGUUAUUCACUUUACUGUAAAACCGCGUAGGAAAUUUGCAUUUUCUUUUAAAAAUAAUGCCCCUAAUUACGAUUUGGUAGUAACAAUUAAAAAUACAAUCAUUAAAAAGCAAUAAACACAAAAAGAAAAGUGGAUACUUGUGUAAAAAUUUCUAAAACACGUUUUUAAGGUUAGAAAAACAAUAAUGAACGGAAUUAAUUCUUGACUAAGAAAAAAAGUUAGGAAUUUUUUUUUAAAUUUACUUUUUAAUUACCUAUUUCAAAAACAGAUGAUUGAUUUCCCGAGAAAUAUAUAUAAAAAAUAAUUUUGUAUAUUAGGAUUAUGACCUUGAAAAAAGUGGCUCUCCCUAGCGACGAAUUCAAGCAUAAGGCGUAUAGGUAGGGAUUUCUGAUUUCUUUCGAUAUAAUAAUUUACAAAAUUUCCAACAUUUCCCAACCAAAGUUUUAAACUCACGAAAAGACGACGACAACGACGACGUGUGUUAAUGCGUGUGUGAAAGUGUGUUUUGUAAAUAAUCGAAUAACUCGAGAAUUGGAUAUAAUUUCGAUACUAUUUUUUAUAUGAGGAAAAUAACACCUUACUAAUAUUAAACUUGAUAUUCAAAGAGUUGAAAAUUCAAUUUACCCCGACAAAAAAGUAAAGAAAGCUUAUGUGACUUUGAACUAUUGUGAAAUGUCGACAGUCUCUGCGACUAAACUGUCUCCUCCAGCAGUAAGUCGUACACAAAGUUCAAGUGGAAUCGUGCAACCUGGUGUGGUGAAUAAGUGUAUUAUUUGCGGUCAAUUUGACAGACUGCUAAAGUGUUCAAGGUGCAAAAUUGCAUUUUACUGUUCCAAGGAGCAUCAGAAACUUGAUCGAAAAAAUCAUAAAUCAUUUUGUUUGAAGAGUAUUUCGGAAACAAUUACAACACCAACCGAGGAGGCUAUUUCCAAUAUUGUUCUCGAUUGUGAUAAGGAGAAGGAACAAAAGGAACAAAAUAAACUUCCAGAGAAGAAAAUCCUUACUAAUUCUAACCUCAAAAAGAAAAUUGUUAAAAGGGAACCUUCUGCUGGACCUUCGGCUGAUCGAUUCCGUGAAUCGACGAACAAGGCGGACGGUUGGACGUCACCAAUAACGUCUGAAGGAAGUUCUGAGGCAACAAUCCUGGGCGCUCGUGCCGAAUCUUUGAAUCCCUCAUUAGAAGGUCAAAACGAAGCAGGCAUGCAUGCCUGUGAAUAUAAUGGUGUGAAUAAUUUCCCCCAACCCACGGACAAUGAAUCUCACAUAACAGUUUUUAAAAAAAUCAAAAAUGGAUUACUCGACGAUGUUUGUAAGGGUGUGAUAACGGAUAUGAAUUUAUAUGGUUUAUGUGCCCUCGAUGGUUUUAUGGGCGAUGAAAUUGGUGCCGCAGUGUUAAAUGAAGUAUUGAACGUUUAUAGUGCUGGUUUAUUUAAAGAUGGACAAUUAGUAUCAAAUAGAGCUGGUGCAAAUGAUUCGAGAACUAUUCGCAGCGAUCAAAUUGCAUGGCUCGAUGGAAAGGAGGGAAAUUGUCCCAAUAUAGGUUUACUUAUAUCCCAAGUUGAUGCCAUUAUAAUGCGAGCAAAUAAAAUGAUCAACAAUGGAAAAUUAGGCGACUACACAAUAAACCAAAGAACGAAGGCAAUGGUGGCGUGUUAUCCCGGUCACGGUACACAUUACGUUAAACAUGUAGAUAAUCCAAAUGGAGAUGGAAGGUGCAUCACAGCUAUUUAUUACCUCAAUAGAGAUUGGGACGUUAGAAAAUUCGGAGGAUUGUUAAGGAUAUUCCCAUUAUGUUGGAAGGAUCACGUGGCGAAUAUUGGUCCUUAUUUCGAUCGAAUUCUAUUUUUUUGGUCAGACAAAAGAAAUCCACAUGAAGUACAACCUGCUUAUAAAACAAGAUACGCUAUAACGUUAUGGUAUUUUGAUACCGAAGAAAGGAAGAGAGCUCUUCAAACGUAUAAAAGACAACAAGAAGAUGUUAUGUUUCCUGGAAAUUCGUGAAACGAAAAGGUAACAAUGCAACCAUUAUGUUCAUUGACUGAAAGCGUAUGUUAAAUUAAACUAAACCCGUGUUAAAAAUCUGAAUUUAAUAUACAAGAGGGUUGAAACUGAAAAAUUAAAAUACUUCUAAAAAUGCAAAAAAAGAAAAUAAUUCGAAUUUAUUAACAAUGUUAAUAAAUCAAUUUUCAAAUAAGAAAUGUUAAAAAAAAUUCUUUUGUUUGAGUGUGUGUGAAAAAUAACGUAAAUUUAGAUGUACUUUCUGGCGCAUUAAAUUCUAAUUAAUUAUUAUCAUUACCAUAAAAUCAAUAGCUUUUGAAUUAUGGUUGAAAAAAAAAUGAUUUCACAAAUUUCUUAUUUAAUGUGCAAUAGUUGCAGAUAUAUUCUUAUUUCAUAAAUCUUCCAUAAAUUUUCGCUUGUCAAAUUUUUCUCUUUUUACAAUUUUUA